UGAAAGCCACACCUACACUGCGACAUAGAUAAAAAGUGAGCAAACUUUCAUCUCAGAUUAGAAGCUGCGCAGCACUACCCGCCGUUUUCCCUGACACUGGAAAGAUUAUUUACAGCCAUGAAGGUUCUUCUGGUUGUUGCACUGGUCGCUCUGAUUCAUGCCAGUUAUGCCACUUUGCUCAUUAAAGGGCCAACCGAGCCGGUCCUGGAGGGACAGAUGAUCACACUGGAGUGCCAGUACUCAGACUCUGAAUUCAACAUCAGCCAGGUCCACUUUGAGGUUUUCUCCAAGUACAUGCAGUCCUGGCGUCUAAUCUAUGAGCGAUCAUGGUGCUACUACACGAUGGACAUCGAGCGGACGGCCGACAGCGUGUUCCUGUACAUUCCCCGCGCAGGAAGGUUCUCUGAGGGACCCUACCGCUGUGUGAACUAUGGCGAAAAUGUGACCGCACCAGACAACUCCUCCCAGACGCUGGCUUUCAAAGUGCAUUACAUGGGAGAUCUGUCACUGACCAGGGAAGGCUACACCAGCUACCUGGGUGUCCCGCAGGAGCUGAAGGUGCAACCUGGGGAAGAUGUGGUGCUGAAGUGCGCUGCCAGCUCAUCGGAUGAGCUGAGCUACUUCUGGCACAAAGAGGGUAGCGAUUGGAUCUUGCCUUCCUCUAAGCUGACACUGAAGAAGAUGAGCGCCACGGAUGAAGGACAGUACACUUGCAUGGCUCAGCAUCCUUCCGUGGAGUCACUCAGCAGGAAGCGCUCAGUCAGCAUCACCGUACUUUCUGAGGACGCCCCCUGGUAUGAGUCUAGUAAUGGCCGUCUCAUUUUGAUGACCUCGGCGGCGGCUGUGGCUCUCUUGGUGUUCAUCCUUUCCAUGAGUGUAUUCCUGUGCCGCAGGGCCAAGCAAACCAAGACCAGCAAGGGACCCAUCGAUGACCGGUCUCAGAAAAAGCCCAUCUACAAAGCCAGUGUGGAGUCCCUACCCUCUGCCUGCGGAGACAAACAGCCUCUGGUGUGACCGCACAGGCAGGUGGAAGGAUGAGGACGGGUGGGGUGGGGCGGGGGGUGGAGUGAGAGGCGAGGAAGAUGGAGUGGGUGGCCAGAAAGUGAGGGAUGGCAUAGAGUGGAUAGUUAAAAGAGGAAAAAUGUAUAGGAUUAUGGAUGGUCACGUUGUGUGUGUGGGGGGGGGGUAUUGGAAUUAUAGGGAGAACAAAAUCUAAAUCAGUAUCAGGCUGGGCAUCAAAAAAACACCAAGGGGCAAAUGAUUACUUUAGAGAUGCAGAAGCUGCUUUCCUAGUGAGCGUAGACUGCAGUUAUGCGUCUUGGACAAAAAGGUGGGCAAUUUUCUCUUCAUUUAUUCUGCAGCGUGGAAAAUGGUAAACCACAUUCUUAGAAAGAUGAUGGGGAAGAUGAUUCUUAUGUACUGGAAGAACUGAAAAGACUCCACAUGCAAUUCUCUUCUUUCUCUUGCAAACAUAAUUGCUCAGCUGUGUACUAUGAAUGAACCAUUUGGGGAAUAGGACAAGGUUUUAUUUUGUUGAUUUGUUUCCCUUUCAACCUUUUUCCCAAAGCAGAACCAGCUCAAAGCAUCUGUAAAAAUGUUAUUAUAAUCUAUUUACCAUGACAGCUCUCAAGCACAUUGCACUCUACUAUUUAAUUUACUGUACUUUGUAUUUUCUUCUAUAUUAAAUGGCUUUCUGAAAAUAUCA